GUAAAAAGAAAUCAAUUGACUUAGCUUCGAAUAGUUUUUCAUCCAUUUAACUAGUUUAAUCUUAAAAAAUACUUUUUUCUCUAGAAUACGUGCAUGUUUUUAAAGAUGUGAAAAUGAAUUAAAAGCAGUUUUCCACUAAAAGAACUAGUUGAGUUUGAAAUCGAGAUCAUUCGAAAAGAAAAAUUAGUUUUUUGUUCAAAAUCUAGUGAAAUAACAAAUUAUUCGUUAUGGAAAAUGCUCCAGAGUGUAGAAUAUGUAGAACUGAAGCAACAGCAGACCGUCCUCUGUUCUUUCCAUGCAUUUGCACUGGUAGCAUAAAAUAUAUACAUCAGGAGUGUUUAACACAAUGGAUGAGAUAUUCGAGAAAAGAAUAUUGCGAGUUAUGUGGACACAAAUUCUCGUUCACGCCAAUUUAUUCACCAGAUAUGCCAAGAGUUCUACCUCUACGAGUUGUUGCUGGUGGACUCGUUUCUUCAAUAGCUACUGCUGUUAAAUAUUGGCUUCAUUACACGCUUGUUGCUGUCGCAUGGCUGGGGAUUGUCCCACUCACUGCUUAUCGCACAUAUCGUUUUUUCUUCUCGGGAUCACUUGAUAUGCUUGUUUCUCUUCCAUUUGAGAUGUUUUCAACAGAAAAUCUUGCUGCAGAUGUUUUUCGUGGUUGUUUUGUUGUGACGUGCACACUUUUUGCUUUCAUUGGACUUGUAUGGCUUCGUGAACAGAUUCUUCAUGGUGGUGGUCCUGACUGGCUUGAAAGAGACGAAGGAAAUAAUGUUAAUGAAGAGAUUCCACGUCCAGCUCCACCCCCACAAGCAGAUAAUCUUCAAGAACCACUCGAUGAAGAUCCAAACGGCAACAACAAUGAUGAAAACUUCAAUAACAAUAACAACAACAACGUUCUGGAUGCAAAUCUUGCAUUCCCAGCAGCUCAAGAUAACGGCAUUGAGCCAAUGAUUGGUCCACAAUUACCACCACCAAAUCAAGAAAUUCCACAAAACAAUCCAAUAAAUAAUGCGGAACCUCCAAUUGCUGACAACGACGAAGAAGCUGAACCAGGAAUUGAAGCUGACAAUGUAAAUAACGACGAUGGAAAUGAAGGAAUUUGGAAUCCAAUGGAAUUCAAUAAUAAUGGCGCUGAAUUAGAACUGACAUGGGAAAGACUUCUUGGUCUUGAUGGAUCGAUGGUGUUCUUAGAGCACGUCUUUUGGGUCGUUUCACUCGACACACUUUUCAUCUUUAUUUUCGCUUUCAUCCCAUACACAAUUGGCAAUUGUUUCAUUUCGUUUCUGGGUAUUAAACAACUUCAUUUUCAUGGACUUGUGACGACACUUACUGGCUAUUGCAUAGUUGGUGUUGCGCUUGUAAAACUCCACACAAUUUCGAAGCUUCUUAAGUUGAGACGACCACGAAGGAUUCUUGGAUUAUGUUACAUCGUCGUGAAGGUUUCGUUACUCUCAGUUGUUGAAAUCGGCGUCCUUCCACUCAUCUGUGGCUGGUGGUUGGACUUGUGCAGUUUACCAAUGUUUGAUGCUUCACUAAAAGAUCGCAAAGCGAGCUUCAAAUCAGCACCAGGAACUUCACUUUUCAUUCAUUGGAUGUUUGGAAUGGUUUACGUUUAUUAUUUCGCAUCGUUCAUUGUGCUGUUGAGAGAAGUUUUACGACCAGGCGUCUUAUGGUUUCUACGCAACUUAAAUGAUCCCGACUUUUCACCAAUUCAAGAAAUGAUUCAUUUAUCAAUUUUACGACACAUUCGUCGACUGAUUGCAUCGGCAAUAAUAUUCGGAACUGCUGUUUUGUUGAUGCUUUGGCUUCCGAUAAAGAUUCUUAAAGUUCUUUGGCCAGCGUUUCUACCCUACACACUGUCAGGUGAUUCAGAAGUAAAUGAGCUAAGCUUACAACUGCUGCUUCUUCAAAUCAUUCUUCCGGGCUUCUUCGAACAAUCACAGACGAGAAUUUGGCUGAAGGGAUUAGUAAAAGUUUGGUGUAGUGCAAUUGCGUGGGUGUUGGGAAUAAAAAGUUAUUUACUUGGAACUGAGCCACGUCCCAAUGACGAUGAGCCGAGAGCUCAAGAACAACAAGGGAUUGGUGGUGGUGGAUUAGCUGCAGCUCAUCAAGCACUUCUCCAACGAGACGUCCCUGUUGGUUAUCAACCUUUCGAUCGUCCAUCAUUCUUCCCCAUCAGACUCUUCGGACUUUUAGUCUUCAUGUGCAUAAGUCUCGUAAUUGGAAGCUUACUUACAUUGACAGUUCCCGUAUGGAUUGGUCGUCAUGGAAUGAUGGUGUGGUCGAUGAGUACGGGAUUAGCAUCGGGAAAAGUUGUCAAUACGGAUGAUCUGAAUAUUGGUGGGAACAUUGUCGAUGCUUUAGACAUAAACAAAUCAACGCCGGCGACUGUUCCCACAUCAAAACCACAUGAGCUUUACACAGCUGCCAUUGGCAUUUAUCUUUGUUGGUUGAUAUCGAAAGGAAUCGCUUUGGCUGUUAAUCUUUUCCCUCAAGGACGAACAGCGAUAGUUGAGAAGUUCAAACAUUGGUGUUCAGUCGCUGUUUCAUAUGGCCUUGCUGCUGUAAUCUUCGUGCUUAUGCUUGGAGUUGUUCCAUUGAUGUUUGGACUUCUACUUGAGCUUGUUAUUGUCGUGCCAUUAAGAGUUCCAUUAAAUCAAACUCCGGUGCUCUUUUUGUGGCAAGAUUGGGCUCUUGGAGUGCUCUACACGAAAAUUGCCUGUGCUCUUAUCUUCAUGGGUCCUGAAUGGGGAUUGAAGCGUGCAAUUGAACAAGCAUAUCAUGAUGGACUACGAGAGAUGGACUUAAAAUUCAUUAUCCGAGAAUUGGCAACGCCUGUGAUUUCGUGCUUUGGAUUGUCAUUAGCUGUUCCAUAUGUCAUUGCACAUUCAAUAAUGCCAAUGUUCUUUAAGAAUCAAAUGACGAGAGUUCUUAUCGCUAGGAGAAUUUAUCCUUUCUUUCUCAUUAUUAUCAUCUUAUGUGGAAUUAUUGUGUUUCAAAUCAAACAGUUUAAGAAGCUUUAUGUGGCGAUAAAGAACGAUAAAUAUCUGGUUGGAAAGAGACUUGUAAAUUACGAUCAUCAACGACAAAAAUUGCUUCAGCAACAGCAACAAUCACAAGAAGUCACCCAGCAAUAAAGAAAUGAUAAUGAGUAGUAGAAGCUGUGAUUGCGUAGGCGUAAUUUCAUGUAAAAUGAAUGCGAUGUUGUUUUCUAUCAAAAAAAGGAUAUUGAAAUGAUUUUUAGUUUAUUUUUUGUGGAUUUCUUGUAAAAAUUUGGAUUCUUACACAUUUUUUUUGUUUUUAAAUUGAUUGAAAUUAAGGGUAAAAUAUCGGAUUUUGAAAGGGUUUUAUCUGCUUUGGAAAAUUGACCUUAAGGUUGAAGGUUUAAGGCUAAUAUUUGCAAAACAUUGACUUUCUGAUUUCGGUAUUUAACUCUCCCGUUUUUGGCUGUAUAGAAUGAAUGUUUAAAAGUUUAAUAUUGUAUAAAAGCAAAGUACGAAUCUAACUUAAGUUUAAUUAAGCAAUAUUAUUUCAAUGUAGCAUGAACAUUUCUAACUUCUUUUCUAUCCAACCAAAUACGGUGAAACUUUUAUGGGAAAAAAUUAAAACCAAGGAGCUUGUCCAAUAUUUAAAUUGACCUAAUUCAUCAAAAUAUUUAUGAAUUUAAAACAGAAACAACAUAAAAAAUGUUAAAAUAUUGAUGAAAAAAGAGAGAAAGAUGUAUAAAAUAUUGAUUGAUGCAUAUAUUUAAUUAAGUUCUGAAGUAGAAUUAAUUAAAACUUUGUAAAUGCUUAAACAAAUUAAUAUUUUCCCUUUUCCAAACAUCCCAGAUAAUCUUAAUACGAAAAACUAUUUGAAGAAUAAAAAAUAAGAAAAUUCAUCAUUUGGACGAUGGAGAUUUACAUUUAUUGAAUACUUCAUAGCUUGAUAUUUCCGGACGGAUAUUCUCAAGAAAAUCUACUUAUGAAGAGGAAAUUUGUUUUUGUUUUAUUUAUUCCGAAGAAAUAAAAAAAAAGGAUAAGAAAUUAAGAAAAAUUCA